AUGCAAGCGGAUGGGGCGAGGCGAGGAGUGCGGCCGGAGCGGACGGAGCGAGGUGACGAGGGCAGCUGGAGUGAGGAGGAUGACGAGGGCGGAUGGCUGACUCGGUGCACGGGCGGUGAAGGCGAGAGGUGGGAUGACGCACGGCCGGCAGGCAGUGGCAUGUGGGUGCCUCCUACCCGCCCUGCUGACUACCCGCUUGCUGGCGGCACGCGAGGCGAGGCGGAUGGAGCAAGGAUGGAGCGAGCGAAGCUCGUUGUUCCCUUGCGUGUUCUCCCACCUGCACUCUUGGGUCCUGAUCAGCACUCGUUGCUGAUACCCCUUUCAAAGGGAGUAUCAGCAACGCCUGCCUUGAGAGGGGAGUAUGGGUGCGAGGGAGUGCAGUGCGGUGCCAUCAGCAGCGCCUGCCUUGAGAAGGGAGUAUGGAUGGGUCCGAGGGAGUGCAGUGUGGUGCCAUCAGCAGCGCCUGCCUCGAGAAGGGAGUAUGGGUGGGUCUGA